AGGAGGAGGAGAGAGGCACUAGGUACCUGGCACCCAGCAAAAACCCAGAGUUAUCUCGGAAUUCUUCAAAGUCAUAAAGGGCUAGAUGGAGGGUUCCUUGCUGGUACAACCAGGUCACAAGCCUUAGAAGGCUUGAUGGGCAUGGCUGGCUCUGUCCCCGAGGCAUACUCUGCUCUCAUCUGGGCUUUGCUGCCUACAGCUGAGAUGCUUCUCCUGGCUCCCUGCAGAACGUCCAGGCUCCAGGAAUUUGGACGGAGUGGUAGAGACAUCGCCGGCAGAGACGGCAAUUACCAGCUUCCUCCCUGGGAUGUCUUGUGAUUCGGGGCACAUUCUGCUCCUACUCUUUUAAAAAGGGCAGCAUGUUGAUGCUCAAGGCACAAGAACAGAAUCAAACAAGGAAACUACCAUUUGAUUAAAGAGUCGGUGUCCAGUCUCCAUGCUGCCUCUCCUGCAGGUCACCUUCUUUCUUCUCUCCUCCUGCUUCUCAGCAGGAGGGGGCAGCCCCCUCAGUGAAGGCCUGUGGCUGCUGAAGACUGAGUUUGCCCUCCACCUUUACCGGAGUGCAGCAGCAGAGAGAAACGGGACAAACUUCGUCAUCUCACCGGCCAGUGUGUCCCUCUCCCUGGAGAUCCUGCAGUUUGGAGCCAGGGGCAACACCGGCUGGCAGCUGGCUGGGGCCCUCGGCUAUACAGUGCAAGACCCAAGAGUGAAAGAAUUCCUGCAUGCUGUUUAUACCACACGGCACAACUCCAGUCAAGGUGUCGGAAUGGAGCUGGCCUGCACCCUGUUCAUGCAAACCGGAACAUCCCUGUCUCCCUGCUUUGUGGAGCAGGUCUCCCGGUGGGCCAACAGCAGUCUGGAGGCAGCUGACUUCAGCGAGCCUAACAGCACUACCACGGAGGCCUCCAAAGUCACAUCCAGACAGAGCACAGGUGAAGGCCCAGAUAGCCCGUUGUGGGGCCGGGCCGAUGCCCUGUCUACUCAGCUCUCCAUCAUGAGCACCAUGACUUUCCAAAGUACCUGGCAGAAGAGAUUCUCUGUGGUCCUGCAGCCCCUGCCUUUCACCCAUGCCCAUGGUCUUGUACUUCAAGUCCCAGCGAUGCACCAAGUGGCAGAGGUCAGCUAUGGCCAGUUCCAGGAUGCUGCAGGCCAUGAGAUAGCUGUUCUAGAGCUGUUGUACCUGGGAAGGGUGGCCAGUUUGCUCCUGGUGCUUCCCCAAGACAAGGGCACUCCUCUGGACCACAUUGAACCACACCUCACUGCCAGAGUCCUCCACCUCUGGACCACAAGGCUGAAGAGAGCCAGAAUGGAUGUGUUUCUCCCCAGGUUUAAGAUCCAAAAUCAAUUUGACGUAAAAAGCAUUUUAAGAUCGUGGGGUAUCACUGAUCUUUUUGACCCACUCAAAGCUAACUUGAAAGGAAUUUCAGGCCAAGAUGGCUUUUACGUUUCUCAACUAACCCACAAGGCCAAGAUGGAGCUUUCAGAGGAGGGUACCAGGUCCUCUGCAGCCACAGCGGUGCUGCUGCUGAGGAGGUCUCGGACCUCUGCUUUUAAAGCAGAUCGGCCCUUCAUCUUUCUUCUGAGAGAACACAGCACAGGUACUGACUUUUUAAAAAAAAAACUGGAUUCAGACAUUUAUGUCCAUCUCUAACAAUUUACGUUUAU